CUUGGUCAAUAAAAUCGAAUGGUUAAGAGUGAUUCCUUUUUUUUUGAUAUGUGAUAAUGGAAUAUGACAUGAAGUGACUAAUCAAUUCAACGGUUAGAUCGUGGUCAAAAAAAUCCAACGGUUAAGAUGGAUUCGUCUUUUUCUAAUAAUGUGAUAAUGGAAUAUGACAUGAAUUUCCUAUAAAAUGUGUAUCAUAUUCGAACAAUAAGACCAUCAUCUUCUAUUUCUUUUCAUUCAGAGAUGAAUUAUAACUAUGGUAGUUCAUCUCAUGUAUCAUCAUCUUCUUCUUCUUCUUCAGAUAAUGAGUAUUAUGAUGAUAUAGAAAAGCAAGUAGCAUGUCAAAUUACUACCAACAAUAAUUUUUCCAUCACUCAACACCUACUUAACGAGAGACACCAUGGUGGAUCAAUUCCAGGUCAUAUUGUUAUCGAUCGUGAUCGGGAGAAUGCUUCUCGCAAUCUUUUCAACGACUAUUUUGCAGAGAGUCCUUUAUUCUCUGAGGUGAUGUUUCGAAGGCGAUUUCGGAUGGGCCGUCCUUUGUUUCUUUGUAUUUAUGAUGCCAUACAAAGACAUGACAAAUAUUUUGUCCAGCGAAGAGAUGGUGCCGGUAAACUUGGGUUGUCUGGUUUACAAAAGAUAACUGCUGCAUUUCGGAUUUUGGCGUAUGGUUUACUAGCGGAUUCAACCAAUGAGUAUAUCAAAAUCGGAAAGUCAACUGCUCUAGAAAGUUUGAAGCGGUUUUAUCGUGAUGUUGUCGAGGUGUUUGGAAGCCGCUAUCUUCGCUCCCCUGAUGUUAAUGAUGUUGCACGACUACUCCAUAUCUGUGAACGUAGAGGAUUUCCAGGUAUGUUCGGUAGUUUAGAUUGUAUGCAUUGGAAAAACUGCCCAACAGCUUGGGGAGGAAAAUAUACCGGUCGUAGUGGUUCUCCUACAAUUAUUCUAGAGGCUGUAGCUGAUUAUGAUCUUUGGAUUUGAAAUGCAUAUUUUGGGCCGCCGGGAUCUAAUAACGAUAUUAAUGUGUUAGAGGCAUCUCAUUUUUUUGCUAAUCUGGCAGAAGGAACAGCUUCACCCGCUAAUUAUGUUAUAAAUGGAAAAACAUUAUAAUAUGGGUUAUUAUCUAGAUGAUGGUAUAUAUCCAAAAUGGUCCACUCUUGUCCAAACAAUUCACGAUCUGCGUGGUCCAAAAAAAAAUAUUCGCAAUGAAACAAGAAGCUUGUAGGAAAGACGUGCAUUUGAAGUAUUGCAGUCAAGAUUUGCAAUUGUGGCAGGACCAUCGCGCAUGUGGAAUAAAAAGGUAUUACAUGAUAUAAUGACAACUUGUAUCAUAAUGCAUAAUAUGAUCAUACAGGAUGAACGUGAUAUCAAUGAAACAAUUGAAGAACAAGCUGAAAUUCCAAAUGCGGAAGUUGAGAUGACAAGUGUUGAUGAUGCUCGAUUUCAAGAAUUCUUAGCU